GUGUUCUAGAACGCGAAUCCGAUCUCUCCACGGACGAAUGGAGUGCAGAAUAUAUACUGGAGUAGUGCGUGGUCGUCGCAGCUGGAGAAGAAAAACAAUGUGUCCUUGAUUGCAUAUAUGUUUCCUGACGAUCUAUCUGCCGGGACGGACCCAAGCCGUGUAGACUAGUGGUUCGGAUAGGCUAAUUGCUUCAUCAUCCAGGUUGGAAUGGCUAUGGCCGCCAAGACGGUGGUGCUGCUGCUGGGCCUGCACGAGAACGACGCCAAGGAGAAGCGCAAGGCCUCGACCUGAUCGCCAUCGACAUGAAGGAGUGCAAACUGACGGUGGUCGGCCUGGUGGACCCCAUCGAGCUCGUGACCAAGCUGCGCAAGCUCUGGCACGCGGACAUCCUCUCCGUCGGCCCGGCCAAGGACGACAAAGCAGCAGCAGCAGCCGCCGCCGCCGCCUGGAACCACAGAGACGGCGGCGGCGGCGUAAAGGAAGAAGGCGACAAGGGGCACCAGGUACAGGAGGUGACGCCGGCCAAGCAGGUGGAAAGGCCCGCCGACGACAUGCGCUCGUGGCCGCACGCGGUGGUCUACCCCCCGCGGGACCCGCCCCCCUACCCCCACCCCCACCAGUACGUCGCCGGUGGCCACGGCGCGCAGGAGAACUACCGCCACAACGGCGCCUACUACGUCGCCGGCGGCCGCGGCGCGCCGGAGAACCACCCCCACAACGGCGCCUACGUCGCCGGCGGCCGCGGAGCACGGGAGCACCUCCCCAACUCCUACCCCUACGUCGCCCGCGGCUACGGGGCGCAGGAGAACCCUCCCAACGCCUGCGCUAUCUGCUGAUGAUGAACUGUUGGUCAUGGCGCCACCGAUUGUUUUUGGUUGGUCCUCUGAACUUAGCUGUGCUCAUCCCUGCACCUGGGUUGGCUGUAGAGGCGACUCAGGAAGUCAGAAUCCGCUGCAGCGCUACUUCUGAAUUCUGAUCAGGGUGCGUGUAAUAUGCAUAUACUUGUAAGUGAUUUUGUCCUAGUAUCUUGGUA